AUGGUAAGUCAUUCACGAAAAUGUUGAAUUAAAAAAAAUUAAUUUUCAAAAUUUCAGAUCUUACUGUAUCUAGACUACAGUACUUAUUUAUUCCACAUUUUUCCGGCAAAAAGGAUUUGCGGCCUGUGAGUUUUUUUUUCGAAUUUUCAUAAUUCAUUGCUAAUUUUUGAUUUUUCAGAAGAUACAACAUAAAUAUAAACAUUAAGAAUUUUAUUUCAUAUUUUUCCGUAAAACAUACGACCCAAUGUUCUGUAUUUGUAGUAGUCCAAAAUAACUAUAAGUAAGUUUCAAUUUUAUUUUUGAUUUUUUUUAAAUACAUAAAAUUUCAAAAUUUAAUUUCAGGAUAAUGUCAUCAAUCAACCUGCGGAAAAUUCUGGGAAAAGCCCAAAAAACUUCAAAACUUUGUCAUACUGUAUCUAAACUACAGUACUAUUACAAAAAAAUUCCAAUUGAGAAAUCUGUAAGUUAUCAACUUGUUUUUUCAAUAUUCAAAAUUCAUUUUUCAUUUUUUUAGAAAUUCUACUGA